AUGGGCAAAAGGAGACGCGGCCACACCGAUGUCGAGGAGCUGCUGGCUCGGCCAUGGUGCUACUACUGCGAACGCGACUUUGAAGACUUGAAGCUCCUCAUCUCCCACCAAAAAGCGAAACAUUUCAAGUGCGAGCGAUGCGGUCGCCGAUUAAAUACAGCCGGAGGUCUCUCCGUCCACAUGAACCAAGUGCACAAGGAAACCGUCAGCCAGGUCGAGAACGCGCUGCCGAAUCGACAAGGCCUCGACGUUGAAAUUUUCGGCAUGGAGGGCGUCCCGCAGGACAUUCUUGAACAGCACCGCACGCGCAUCAUACAAAACUUUUACCAGGCCCAGGAGAGCCGCCGCCUCGCGACCGGCAACCCGCUGCCGGGCCAGUCCCUCCACGGCGCGCGCAAAAAGAUUCGCUAUGAGACGGCCGAGGAGCUUCUCCGGCGCCUCGCCGAGUGGCGCGCACAUAAGAAGGCCGGCACGCUGCCGCCCACUGUCGUCGACAAUGCCGUCGCGAACCAACAGGCAUACGCUGAAGGACUGCCGCAGCGACACGCUGUUGGUGAUGACAUUGAUCAGCUGAUUCGGUCGGCCGCCGAGCCGGAGAAGAGUAAAAAGGAAAAGGACGGCAAAAAGUCGCGGCUGGUGUACGACGACGCAGAGGUCAGCCCGGAAGAGAGAAUGUCGCAGCUGUCACGGUACGCGUACCAGCCUGCCGUUGCGGCGUGA